CCCCGGUAAGCACCAGGUCGACGAGGGCGGACCCGCCAAGGGGGCGGGGACAAGCGAAAACGACAGACGAGACAGCCAAUCGAGACGCGGGAUCGGCCGGCGGCGAUCUGGCGGCCCAACGGGCGCCGCGGAGGGCCUGGCCGAGUGGAGGAAGCGCGGGGGCGACAACGGGCCUUGUCGUGGCUGACGAGAUUAUUGGGGCGCGGGCCGCCCGGCCCGGUGGCGCCACUACUGUCUUCGGAAAGGUCAUCGGCAAGGCGCUUCCCGCCAACGUCAUCUACGAGGACGAGGAGUGCCUUGCGUUCCGUGAUCUUUCACCCCAAGCUCCGACGCUUUUCCUAGUCAUGCCUAAGGAGCCAAUUAUCAGGUUAUCUGAAGCGGAAGAUUCUGGUGAAUCUCUUCUUGGGCAUUUAAUGAUUGUUGGCAAGAAGCGUGCUGCUCACCUGGGCCUGACCAAUGGAUUCCGGAUGGUUGCGGAUGAAGGGCCCGAGGGUGGGCAGUCUGUCUGUCACGUACGUCUACGUAUUCUGGGUGGCUGUCAGUUGGGCUGGCCGCCUGGCUAAGAUUUUUGCACGCAAGAGUUGCUGCACGUGUACAAAUCGCCACUGAAUGGAUUUCGUCUGUUGCCCGUCAGUCUAGCCACUGUUGAUGUCUAAUUUUCUGUGACGUGUGUCUGUGGAAGGUAAUAAAAGCUUUGAGCAGCAGUUGCACAAUAAAGAUUUAGCAUGGGGAUAUCA